UCAGUGUGGUGAACAAAACGACAAAGCAGACGAAGAGACUUUUUCACAGUCUGAGAAAAAUCUCCGUUUAAAGCAUGUGAUUGGGCUGCUGGAGGCAAGAUAAUAUGUGCAAACAGUUUGUGGACAAAUAGAGAGUGCAAGGAGCAGUUGGGGGAAAUGUGAAAAGUGUGAGAAGUCCAGAAAAACAAAGUCAGAAUCUCAAGUACGAAUCUCAGAGGUUAGGUAACAAAAGUCACCAAAUAAAGGGCAAUAUUCUGGUCAAAUUUUGGGGUACUUCCUGUAAGAAUUCUGUGGUGCUAGUGAAUUGAGUGGAACAGAGGAAUGCCCAGGAAUCUGUGGUCAGGAAGAGAAAAUCAAUGGUGUGCGUGAAGUGAGUGAAUUUGUGGUGAAGAAAGAAACAAACAAAAAGAAGCAGGCGCCAGGAGUAGCCUGAACUUUUGUCUCCCACGCAACAAGGGGGCACCAAGUCCAAAAAAUUUCAAUCAAUUAAUUCAUCGUGGAUGUGAUUGGGCAGGUGUGGAAGCGGAGGUGGACCUGAACAGGCAAAUGUCGACGUGAUCUUGUACGGAUUUUGCUUUUUUUUUCUUCAUUUCAUUGUUAAUUUUUUUUUCUGUGUGACUUCAUUGUGUUGCCUAUUGAAUAAUGUGGCGGUGUUUUGGCCCAAAUUGCAUGUACCAACCGUGAAAGUGUGGCAAAGGAGAGGAAUUAUUAAAAAAAAAAAAACAGAGUGCUUAGUGCUUGAAUUGGUCGAAAUUCACGCAAUUUCUUAAAGUCCAAGUGUCGCGGUAUCACGAGAGGAAAAAAAGCAGAGCAAGAAAUUUUUAUUUGAUAUUUCUUAUUCUGGAACUGAGGAGACGUGGAGAGUGUGAGAAGGCAAAAGGAGUUUGCAUGAUGGCCACAAGCAAUGCAGGAGCUGCCUCGUGUCACGAUGUUGGUGGAAGUACAGGGAGUCAGCACAGGAAAGGUCACAGACGGCAAGAGUCAAUGUACGCCCUCACAGGUUUGUAUUCGGAGACAGCAGGAGAUGACAGUAGUGUCGAUGCUCCUGCGGAAUCCUCCGAGGACUCUCAGAGUCGCCAGGAAGUGGCAGAUGCGGCUGGGGAGGCCGUUCAGCAGUCAGAUGUUGUGAUACGGUGUCACAGUCGACAGCCGUCCAGCGGAGGCGUCAUAGAUCGCCAUCCGAGUGCUCCUGAGGAGGAUCUGAGCAGAGACUGUGGCAUCUGGACGUGUCGUCCGCGGGCAAUUCAGAGAUUUGCCAGAAUAAAAGUGUUUGUGUUCCUAUUGUCGAUUCUCGUGACACUGCAACAGGCAUUGAGUUCAGGGUACAUUAAUUCUGUGAUCACGACCAUUGAGAAGCGUUUUGACAUCCCAUCCAGCUAUUCGGGGGUUAUUGCAUCAAGUUAUGAGAUUGGGAAUGUGAUCACGGUGAUUUUUGUGAGUUACUUGGGGAGUCGCCGGCAUAUUCCGGUAUGGAUUGGGAUUGGGGCUGUUAUCAUGGGGGUGGGAUCAUUGGUGUUUAUGGUGCCACAUUUCACGGGUGAAGCCAAUCCGGGAAUUGUGAUUGAGAACAAGACUUCGGACAAUAUUUGCCGGGGAGUUUCGGUGAGGGAGCAAGAUAUGGGCUUUGGACGAUUGUCCAGUGGCCUUGUGAAUCCGCCAUUGGCUCCACACAAUAAUCUCCGGGGUGACAAUUGUAUUCAGGGUAAAUCAUCGACUUUUGGACCAGUGCUGCUGUUUGUGAUUGCACAGUUGCUCCUGGGAUGUGGAGGAAGCCCACUAUUCACCCUGGGCACAACUUAUGUCGAUGAUCACGUUAAAACGGAGAGUUCAUCGAUGUACAUUGGUGCUAUGUACAGCAUGGCGGCCUUUGGACCAGUUCUGGGAUUCCUCUGUGGAGCCUACUUACUCUCCUUCCACAUGGAUUCCUUCUCGCCAAAUCUCAUUGCGAUCGAUCCUGGCGAUAGAAGAUGGGUCGGAAUGUGGUGGGGUGGCUUUCUACUCUGUGGAGUCCUUCUCUUAAUUGUGGCCAUUCCAUUUUUCUCCUUUCCCAAGGUGAUGACGAGAGAGAAGAAAAAGAUACUCAAUGUGACUUCCAAGAGACCCACCUUGGGCCCAAGUAAUUCCAAUAGUUUGCCACGUGAAGUGCCUGAACAGCCCAAUAAUAUUCAGGCACCACAACCAACACAGCAGAGCAGGAAGUUUGAUUCGGGUUAUGGGAAGGACGUAAAGGAUAUUCCACAGUCAAUGUGGAGACUAGUUUGCAAUCCUGUGUAUGUUGUUACAUGUCUGGGAGCAUGUAUGGAACUGAUGAUAGUGUCGGGAUUUGUGGUGUUUCUGCCAAAAUAUCUGGAGACGCAGUUUAGUCUGGGGAAGAGUCAGGCGAGUGUAUUUACAGGAUCUAUUGCUGUUCCGGGAGCCUGUAUUGGUAUUUUUAUUGGUGGAUGCUUACUGAAGAGAUUCCAAUUGAGUCCUCGAGGGGCUGUUCAAUUUGUCCUGAUUUCCAAUUUAAUUUGCUUGGCAUGCUAUGGCCUACUGUUCUUCCUGGGCUGUGAGAAUGUCAAGAUGGCGGGGACGACUAUUCCAUACUACAACAGCGCCAAUCCAGGACAAGAACCAUUCACUGUCAAUCUGACAGCAGCUUGCAAUUUUGGGUGUGAGUGUCCGAUGACAGAUGUAGAACCCGUUUGUGGAAACAAUGGACUGACAUACUUCAGUCCGUGUCAUGCGGGAUGCACAGCCUUCUCAUCUAGGUCUAACUAUACAAAUUGUGCUUGCGUCCACUCAAACAUCACCAGCGUUUACAGUGGGAGUGGAGGAAGUCAGGCUCAGGCUUCUGUGGCAUCGCCAGACUUUGCAGAAGUCACUGUGGUUCCAGUAGCUACAGCUGGACCCUGCAAUUCUCCCUGUCGAACAAUUUAUCCCUUUCUGAUCCUCCUCUUUUUCAUGACAUUCAUCGUGGCAGCAACACAAAUGCCCCUGCUGAUGAUUGUCCUCAGAUCGGUUUCUAAUGAGGAGAGAUCUUUUGCUCUGGGAAUGCAAUUUGUCAUUUUUCGGUUGUUUGGCUACAUCCCAGCACCAAUAGUCUUUGGAAGUCUAAUAGAUUCCACAUGCCUUCUGUGGAAGUCAACUUGUGGUGAAAGUGGUGGACGAUGCUUGAUUUACGACAUUGAGAUGUUCCGGUACAAGUAUGUAGGACUCUGUACCAGCAUCAAAAUUGUUGCUCUUGCCAUUUUCUUUCUGGAUUGGUGGCUGGUGAAACGUCGGAAGCAUCUGGAGAUGGGAAAACCACUCACGACGAACGAACUCGUGUCGGGAAGCAUUAUCAGUCUCGAUAAAUUCGACGAUGCUGGAGACAGGGAAGCAAGUGAUCCAGCAAAUAAAAAAGUUCUAAUUGCUUCGAGGCAUAUCCGCAAUGACUCAAGGAGUAUUCAAUUGGAGAUGCUGUAUGACCAGAAGGAGGAAGGAAAGAUGCCCCGGAAGACUCAUAAAAGGAGCAGCUCAUGCGAUUGUCGAACCAACUCAAAGGAGUACGAGAAUGAAGUUAAGGGUAGAAAAGUGCGCAAAAGCCAUUCGCGGAACAGUUCGAAGGACUAUGAUCAGGAAUUUAGGCAGAAAUUAACGCAUUUCCGGAACAAUUUCAAAGAGGAUGCCCUGGUGAAUAUUAAAAAUGCCCUUUCGGCCCGUGGGCAUCGACGGAACAAUUCCUAUGACUACAAGAAUGUCAAUAAGAUGUUCAACUGCCGAAAGAACUCCAAGGAGGUCAAUUUCUCCGAUGUCAAUCUGCUGAGGGUCAUGGCAAAUGCAGCUGUGGUUGAGGGUGGGAAAUUUGUGGCUGAGGAGGAUCUCUUGCCGUCGUAUGAGGUCAAGUACACACAUUCACGCACCAAUUCCAAGGACUACAAUGACACGAUGCUGAAGCCCGAAGGUACCAAUUUGCGCCAUCGAAGGCUCAGCUCAAAGGAUCUCAAGGGGAUCGUGGUGACGGCAUCUCAUGGGAUUCUCACGGGAGACAGUGCUGGACAUCGACGGAAUUCGUCACAGCACAAAAUCCAAAUAGAUCAGGAACUGCCAGAACUGAAGCAGCAACUCCUCAAGGGCAGUCAGAGUGAUGAUAAUUUUCUCAAAGAGAAAUGAAUCGAGAAUUUAUUCUACAGUUCGUGGUUGAAGAAUUACGAGCACUGAGACUUUUUUUAACUAUUUUUCUUUUAACUUUAGAAAUUUUGAAUUUUUGCUAACUUGAUUGUAAAAAAAAUUGCGUUCUAUACUAAAAGAAUUAAGUGACUAUAUAUUUUAAAAUAAUUUUUCGUUAAAAGCAGGGACCUAUCGACAUUCAUUUUUCCAUACAUUUUUGCAUAGAGGCACUGAAGACUAUUGGCAAGUUUUUUCCUAAAGAGAAUUGACUUAUCAGUCUGAUAUAUUUCCAAAUCAUGCAUAAAAAGCUAUCUAAAAAUACAUAUUUCAUAAUGUUCGCCAAAAUAAGACAAGAACUACGAUCAAAUUUGUUUAAAUCGCGGUGCAAUAUCUGCAAAAUUUUUACAAGGAAAACUGAAAAAUAGCUUCACUUUAUUAGGCUUGAUGGGCCCCUGGUUAAAAGUGUAUUCAAAAAUUAGAAAAACUGUCAAUUUUCUGAAAUUUGUUUUUAGAAUUUUGUUUGACAUAUGGAUAUUUCCAAAGUAUUCCGCGGGAAAUUACCCUAUAAACCCUGUAAACAUUUUCCCUAGAGAAAGAACACGGGAAAUGUCCUAUGGAAUAUAGGAAUUUUCCGUAGGAAUUCUAUAAAUUUUCUCACGAACCUAUCGAGUUGUGGAGAUAGCUAAUGACCGCGGUAAUUCCUCUGAAUUUCCAGCAAUCUCUUUUGCAACAUCGAUAGAUUUUACCGCUCAAAAUCCGCGUGGAGGAAUUUCACGCUAAAUUGCCGCUAAAUUGUUCCAUGGACGUCUCUGGAACUCUACGUUUAUGACCGUAGAACUAGAAAUGUUCGUGAGAAUCCAUGAACUUUCAUGCACAAAUAUUUCCACGUCGUUUACUGUGGAUUAUUAGCGGAAUAAUCAGAAGUUCAUCCCUUUAGAAAAACGGAAAAAUCCUGUUUAUUUCCAUGGAAUUCUCCGUGGAAUUUUCCAUGCAAUGGCCGUUAAUGUUUCUGUGAAUUAAAAUUAAGGAAUUCCACGACUUUUCUUGUGGUUUAUUUAUCACAUUUUUCUCAAAAAUAAUCCCUGAAAAGAACUAGAAAGACUAAAAAGAAAUGCACGCAAUAUUCAUUGAAAAUUACUACAAAAGUAUCCACAAAUAAUGGAAGAUUAAUUGCCAGUUGUUCUACUUUCGAGGUGAAGAUAUUUCUAUCAUAUUAUCCAUUCGAGUAUUUGUUGCUCGAAAGAAUUAUAGCGUUAAAGUGAAGAAAGACAAGUAUGGAAUUUUUACCUUCAGUUCCGGAAUCUUGGCCGGAAAUAUAUUGAAGAGUAUACUUUUAAAAGUAUACUGAAAAGUUCAAGGGAAAUUUUGAGUUAAAUUCCACAGAGUGUCCUCAAAUCAGAAAAUUCCUUCUAGUUUUUUCAAGGAUAUCCACUCUAAAGAACGAUGAUAAUUCAGUAAAAAUCCAUGCGAAAUAUUAGAGGCUGUUUUCGUUGAGGAUCACACGGAAAAAUGCGGGAUAAAUCCCACAAUUUUUUCUUUUAAAAUUAAAUAAAUUUAUGAAAAUUUUCAAAUAAAUUUCCCACAUAUCUUCAUGGAUCAGUUUGGAAACUCAUACAUACGUAUGUGAAAUUUCCACCUCAUUCCCCAUGGAAUUAUCUGCGGAAUUUUCCAAUUUUAUCAUGGAAAAUUCCUAGAAUUUUCUGUGUGGAGGACAUACCCUAAAAUGAAUUAUCGCUCCUAUGAAAACCUCUGCUACUCAAAUUUAUUCACUUUCCCUUUUUGGUUACCUUUAGAAUAAAUCAUAAAGGUUUAGAGAACCAUGUCCUGUCAUGGUUUCUUGCUCCUCGUGAAUUACCUUUAAAAUCAUAAAAUAUCUUCCACAUUCUAGUCCACAUUCUACCUUUUAAAAGUGUGGAAAAUGGUUUGAAAAUAGCUAUGUGGAUGUUGACAGAACGUCUGGCCUAAAAACUUAAAGCAAAGAAGAAGAAGAAGAAGUAGAAUGUUUAAAAAUCAAAAAUAAUUUGCAGAACAUAUCGCGGAAUUAUUCUGCAAAUUGAUUGCGUAAAAUCUUUCAAUCAUUUUACAGGGAAAGGCUUUAUUUUGGAUUUUGGGAUUUUUUUUUUCACUGUAACACAUGGUAAGUGCAUUUUUUCCAUUGGAGCUCAUUUUAUUUUCCACAAUUUAAGCACAUGGGACACAAAAAAAGGUUUCAUUUUAAUUACUUCAGAUGUAAAUCAACUCUGAACUUCAAAUAAAUAAUUUUUAACUAAAGAUAUCUUCUUAAAGUUCACUGAAAAAAAAAAUAUUUUGUGAAAUUGUUCGCAAAUGUUUGUGAAUCGCUAUUGGGAACAUACGAAAUGGUUGUAAAUCGUAUAAUCCACAAACAAGUUCGUAAAUAUUUGUACUUUUUUCCACAAAUAUUGUUCGUAAAAUGAUCAUUUACCGAGCAUUUUUUAUACUUUUGCGAGCAUUUGUUAGUAAAUGUUCAAUUGUACAAUUGAUCAUUUUACGAACAAUGUUUGUGAAAAAAGUGCAAACUUUUACAAACUUAUUUGUGGGUUAUACUAUUUACGAGCAUUUAGUAAGUCCCCGGUAGAAAUUCACAAAACAUUUACGAGCAAUUUUACAAAAUUAUUUUUUUUAGUGGGAUUCAUUAAAUUUGGAAGGUUUUAAUUGGCACUGUCCUUAAUUUUUUCGUGGGGAUUCUAACCUCGAAAACUGAAAUUUAAGGCACAUUUUUGAGGUUAGGAUAUAAUUCAGUUGUUUUUCGAAAAGCAGAAAAAAUAUUUUACAGUCAUUUUAUUAUUUUUUCUAUACCUUGGAGUAUGGGAAGUUUUUGAUGCUCCAAAUAUGUUUUUUUAAGUUAUGGUACUACAUAGCCCCACUUUAAGAUAUUCUCUUAAUUUAAAAGAAACAGUGCGUGUAAUUUUUCAACCAGAAUCUGUAGAAAAUGGGAAACGAAAGAGAAAUGUGUGCAACAGUCUUUAAAAAUGCAAAUGAAAGCGAAAGAGAGUAAAUAAUUAAUUUUUAGUAAUUUUGUUAUAUAAAUUAUAUAUAUACAUAUUGAAGAAGAGAAAUAUAUCGUGAAAGAGAGGAAAAUAAAUAAAUAAGGUGUAAAUGGGUUGAGAUAAAAUGUAGAGAGCAAAAAAAAAACAUUAUUAGGAAAUUGAAUAAAUCUAGUGCUGUGAAGAUGGUUUUAUUACAACACAAGGAAGUAAGAUUUAAAUGAAAAAGAUAAAUAAAAAGAUAACAUAGUAAACACUAAAAAAAGUAAACUAUAUUAAUUAUAAAUUUUAGCGGAACUUUUUUUUCUAGAUGAGAUAAAGAUGAUGCAGAGAUUAACUGAUAAAAAUAAAAACGAAAGAUGUGAAAUGAAUGCAAUUUACACAGACUUGAAAGUAAAUAAAUCUUAGGACAAUUUAAAAGGGAUUCAAAGUAUCAGAGAGAUGGGACGAGAAAGUGAUAAGAACUGCCCUUUCCAGCUACCUAUCACACUUCCAAUAAACACAAUUCUUUUAUUCCAAAUAUCUUUUUUUUUUAAUUUUUUAAAUAAUUUUUAUUUAUCACUCGCUGAAGGCAUUUAAAUGGCACCACCUUUAUUUUUUUUCUUCUUAUUAAAUAUAAAAUAAAUAGUUAAUAAAAUACGUAAAAAUUUACCAGAUGAAUCAUGAUAAUUUCUUCCCAUAAAAGACAAAAAAAAAAGAAAGAAAAAACUCCACGCAAAAAACAUUUUCUCGCCAUAAUUCACAACAUUUUUAUUGCUCUACUAUGAAGAUAAAGACAAAAUGUACAAAAAUUAAAAGAAGAUGGAAAGGAAAAAGAGCGGAGUUUCAGUGAAGAUAAAUAAACUGGGAAAUGAGAGAGAGAGAGAGAAUUCGAGAUAUUAUAAAAAAUAUGAUGCAGCAACUUAGUGCAAUUAUGUAAUUGAUUUAAUUUAAUUUCCAUAUCAACGACUACGUUUAUACGCUAAUUCAAGACUGGAUUUAUUUUAUCGGAAAAUAUAAGUCCGAUCUAUCAGAGACUAAAUUUCGACAUUUUGAAUGCAAUUUUUCCCUCCUUGGCGGAACUGUUCUCAAUUUCGCCGGGACGGUUUCGAACUCGCCGUAGGAAACGAGUGCAGCGCCAUGAUAUCAAAAGCCUGCUUGGAUAUUUGCAAAUUAUUAAAAUCCCUCGUGUUAAGUACAUCCUCGAGGUUUAGAGUAACUUCUGGUUCUCCUUUACAGUACAAUCCCUUUUAAUCUUUGCUUCAACUAUAUUAUCAGCCAUUUAAAUUUCCAAUUCAUGACAAACUAAAACUAAAGUUAUUACAAAGGAAUGCGGUCGUUCAUUAUACGGGAUUAAAACCUCGAAAUGUGUCUCAAAAUCUAAAUCAACCUGUUAAAACAAGUAACUUUAUCACAAAAUCAAGAAUUUUGCAUCGCAUUUUAACAUUUUUGGUUCUUCAAAAGCAUGCUUGGUGACUAAUAUUGCGAGAAACAGGGUAAAUUUCACUACAUCUCAAAAUUUUUAUGAUGAAAGAUCUAGUGCCUAGGUGUAAUGAUACUUUCUUCAUAUUCAACGCCCCUUCGAGGGACCGGGCCUCUCACACUAACCUCCUCUAGUCCUGGGGUGAUAUGAUAACUUAUGAUAUGAAAUAUCAAAUUGUCCCAUCGCUAGUGUCGAGUGUCGAUUAUGGGCGAACGAGAUGAUAACUUACAUUUUUUGUCGCUAGUGUCGAUAAUUAUCGCUACUAGUCUAUCGACAUCCUGGAGUUGUCGAUUUGUACUCUAAAAGUGAAAUUUAGUGAACAUUUUGCAUUUUAUUAUUAAAUAAAUAUUUUUUUUUAUUUUCUUGUUAUAUCAUUAUUAAAUUCUAUUAAAAACGAACAGUUCUCGGGAAAUUUUAUUUUUUCUGGGUCCUCCAUAAAUUAUAGAAUUGCGUGGAAUAAUCUUAAAAUCCAUACAUUCUGUUGAUUGUGUUCAGCCUACCACAAAGAUAUCUUUGCACCGACUGACAAGGGUUCAUCAAAGGCUGCAACUGUCAUAUUCAGUAAUUGAAGCAACGUAUAAAGGCACUGGACAGGAAGUUAACGGAAAACUCAUGGAUUCCGUGUGGUUAAAUUGAAUCUAACUCCUGAAUUAUCGGAGAUGACCAUAGAUUCGUUAGCUUUUUUCAGAGGUUCUGCCCUUCCUUGGCAACUCUAAAACACCAGAAUCCAACAGGAAUUCACGCACUGAUCAUUCCCAUAAUUUCUGGAUUUCCUAUAAUAAUAUCCCCAGCAGCAUUUGUACAGCAAGUCAUUCAAAGUCUUCAAUUUGCAAGAAUCUAAGACAAAUAAAAAAGACAUGUUUUAAUAGAUAGACUUUAGGUAUAAAUGAUUUUUUUCCUUACACAUCUUCCGGAAGCUUCAAAGAGUUAUUUUCAUCCUAUAAUUUUUGUGUCUUCUCGUUCAAAAAAAAUGUUGGGUUUCCCCAAUUACCACACUUUACAUGAAAAAUAUUUUAUAGGUUCAUUUUUAACUUUUAAAGCAAUAAAAAACCUGAAAUAAUUCCGACUGCAAAAUAAAAACCAGCGAAAGUGAGGUUAUAUGUCACUGUCCCAAAGUGUCACAAUGCGUCGACAAAGUCGACAAUGCGAGAAGAGCCGACACUCAUUUCAUCUCAUCAUUUGGAUCCAACGAUACUAGAGAUUCGAUAGUGUCGAAUCGAUACUAGCGAGAGCUAAAUUUUACCCCUGGUGAGGUUCCGCCAUCUCUCUCCAACACCUCAGCACACCUUACCUGUUUAAGAACACUGUCAACUACUUUCUUCCAUCGUUUUUUGGAACAUCCUCUAAUCUCUAAACCGCCAUUGGACUUUCUUUUUAUUUCAAUAUAAAAAGCAUCGGAAUAAAAAUAAUUUAGGAACAGUUUCGAUCUGGGAUUAUUUAGCGUAUAAGCGCAGUCACUCUCUCCUCAAUUUUAUAUUUUGUGCGAGAGUGCACCAAGUAUAAAUCAGUAGAAUUUAUAAAUUAAAUGAAUUUAAACUAACUCACUCAUAGAGAAAAAGAAACAAAAAUUAAUUCUAAUAAAAUGAUUUCUAGACCAUAAGAGAACAAAAAGAAGAGAAAAUAUUAAAAAAAAAGAAUCUAGUGAAACGAAUCCAAUUUGCAAUCUCAAAAUCAGUGAUAGAAAACUAAUUAUAAUUUUAUUUCCAAACGAUAUAAAUAGACAAAAAUGAGAAAUUUUUCAAUUAACUGCAAAGAAUGAAGAGAAAAGUGAGAAUCUCGCGAUGAGAAUCAUAAAAAAAAACUAUUUUUGCACACAAUUUAUAGUUCACCGUUUUAACCCUUCGAACUAAAUGGACAAACCAAAUAUUUGUAUCAUAAACAAAAAUUAAAUAAAUAAAGAAAUAGUUGCAAGGCAGACAAAAAAAGAAGAAAAAUAUGAAAAAUUUAAAAGACAGGAUUUGUAUUUAAGCUCAAUUUAAUAGCUUUUUAAAUUGAUUUACUUAAUGGACUACAAAAAAGGGAAACAGAGAAUUUUAUGUGUAAAAAAUAUUUAGGAAUAAUGUCGACUCCAUUAUUCACGUAAGAUGUGAUUUUAUUUGUCUAUUUUUUAAAUCGUAUCAUCCAUUCAAUAUUCUCAAAUAUUAACAAACUUUAUAUUUUUUCUGUGGGAAUAAGUAGAAUUCUUAUACUAAACGGCCUAGUUAAACCUGAUUGGGAAUAACAGUUUAACUGAUUUUUUUACAGAAAUUUUAAAAUUUAGUACAUGACUGUACUAAAUUCUGUACUAAAUUGAGAAAUACUGGAAAAAAUUGAGAAAAAAAUCUGAGAAACCGAAGGUAAUACAUUUUUUAUUAUGUCAUUUUUGAUAACUGUCAAUUUCUUCUGUCCUUAAUUUUUAGUACUUCAUGGAUAUGAAAAGGAAUUCACUCUAUUAUAAAAGUAAAAAACACAAUGUUAUCACAAAAAGAGAUUUUAUUUUACUCCACAUAUUUGGUAUUUAUUUUUUACACUCGAAAAUUAACUUGAAUUUCAAAUUUCUAUCUCAAACUCAUUUAGUACAUUCAUGUUCUAAAACUAUGUUUUAAAAAAGCUCUAUAAGUUGAUUUAUUUAUCAAUUUGCUUGUGUAUUGAAUGGUAUGUGCGAAGGACUUUAGAAUAUUUAUUUUCUCACAAAAUGCAAGAUAGAUAAAUAAAAUCGUGUCGUGCUAUUAAGGAAGAAAAAAACCAAGAAUCUAAUCAAUGUAUGAGUGUGAAAGACAUAGCAAUAAUGUGAACUGAUGGAAAAUUAUUCAAUUAUCGCACCACUAUUUUUUUUGGUGAAUUUGAAAAGAUAAAGAAGAAAACGAAGGAUAUAAAAUGUUGGUGAAGAAGAUAAAAGAAAAGAAUAUCAAAAUGCCUUACAAUAAAGUUGAGAUUAAUCCAUAAUA